UUUCACGUCACUAGGCGGGGGUAUGGGUGGCGCGGCGGGCGGGUUGUGCGACCGGCGCGCGUAUGGCCGCUCCUUCAACACGCUGGCUCUCGCGCACGCCACUGCUGAGGACAAGGAUCGAGUGCCGGAACGAAUUGCUGCACUCACACUGGCUCAUGAGAUGGGUCACAGUUUCGGUGCCCAUCACGAUGAUAACUUCCCAAACCCAGAAUGUCGCGGUUACCUAAUGGGUUCCCAGUCGUCUACAACAGAGAGCAUACAUCACUUUGAGUUCUCUCUGUGCAGCAAGCGACUCAUAGCUGCCACGCUAAGUAGUAUGAGUUACUGUCUUAUUGAGCAAGACAGACCUUACUGCGGGAAUGGUAUCGUGGAAGAAGGAGAAGCCUGCGACUGUGGUUUACCUUCGCACUGCAGCCAGAGAGACCCGUGCUGCACACCACGGGCUGGUGGCGCUCUGGUCUAUGAAGAAGGGGCGUUGCACAAGGAAGGGUGCUCUGUAGCGCCAUCAGCGACUUGCCAUCCAUCGCAAGGUCUGUGCUGCAACGCCGAUUGUCAGUAUGCCGACCUCAAGGAACACGGUAUA